AUGUUGUCGCUUCUUAUCAACCAGUGUGGCGCCAAGGCGUCGGACCUCCCGCAGCUGGUGCGAUUGACUGAGCUGAUUCGCGCUGAGAAAGAAGGGGCUGCUGGCGGUUUCACAGCGGCGCCCACCCCACUCGCCACCCAGACACCCCUUCCUCCACCUCUGUCCACCGAACCCGGUGAGGUUACCCGCGUUGCAGGGCAGGCAGCGAAGUCGACCACCCUGUCCGUGCUGACAUCCGCCAAAGACCACACCGCGCUCGGUUUCUUGCUACACAACUGCGCUAGCCCAGCAGAGCAGUCGCAGUGCACGAUGCUGCAACAGCUGUAUGGCUUGCUCCUCGCGGAGACGCACGAGGGAGGUGCUAGCGAGUCGGCCGAUGGGAGCUUCUCCCCGCUCAGGGUCAAGCCCUCAACAGCAGUGCCCGUUCAUCCUGCCACCACUGUUGCGGCAGGCGCAGAAAGGGCAUCACAUAGACAUCAUCAUCCAGUGUCCUCAGACGCCAUUGCUACGCAUGAACAACAGAGUGAUGCCACCACCACCGCGCCAUUGUCUGCACUGCUGGAUUCAGCUCCUCUUCUUCCGCCGAGCAUUCCAGUGCCAAUUUUGCCAGAUCCCGGCAACUGGGAGGGGGCCGUCGCUUUUUGCCCUGCUGAGACGGCGGCACCGACCCACCCAUCGACCCCGCCUGUGCCGAUGCAUCUGGUGUCUGCUGUCGCCGUAACCGGCAUUGCAGCCGUGGCGGCCGACAGAAAUGCGAUGCGUGAUGGAGCCGACGCACUUCGAGCCAACUCGCCCCUUCUGCCCUCGUCAAGUGCGGAGUUGCCGCCGAACGACGACGACGAGCAGGCUGAACGCAAUCGUGAGUCAGGCGUUGUACUGUUUCCUGCUCCUGCUUCCUGCACUGACGAAACGUCUGCUGCACACGCAACUCACGUGGAGCCUGCUGCAGGUGAAGGUGGACGCGCCGAGUUGGGGGCUGCCACCCUCCCGCUGCCACGCUAUCCGCCGCACCCGUCCUUCUAUGCUGGUCGUAUGCCGUGUCCGGUCAACGAGGCGCUCGCUGCGCGCAACAGUGCGACUCUUCGGCUGCUCGCGGGUUGCGGUGCGACUCGUUGGGCAUCUUCCCUGUCGCCGACGUCACGCCCCACAUCCGGGCCUGCGAAGCGCUUCACUUCUGGGCUCUACGGACGAGCCAGUACACCGCGCGGUGGGGCAUUCUCGUCGCCCAUACCCUCGCAGCAACAGCGCUAUACACCGCAUCCACCUCAGACGCUCCCCAUCAGGGGCGGUGUAGAAGUUAUCCGAGCUCAUCGCACUUUGUCGGAGAGAUCACUUCUUCCAGUGCGCCCAGCCGAGCCGUGGCAGGCAGUGGACACUGUUCGUGUCUCGUCAGCACAGGGGCGAGUGCCUCUGCUUGCACAGGACGUGGCCCCACGGCUGAGGUUCUCUACAUCCACGCCGCACCACCAUAGGUACCAGCGUCGAGUUACUGGCGCAGAGCCACCGCGCCCCCCUUGUGCUUUCCCAUACAACCCAGCGACCAUAUCGUCUGGGGUGCUGCCUUGUGUCCGCCCUUUUCGCCGCCGCUCCUCCCUUUCCCAAUACGUUAGGGACAACAGCGACGCGCCCACUGUGGAGCCUUUCGCUGAUCUGAUAGUAGUCGGCGUGCGCAUCCAUCUGCCCUCUUUACACCCUACCCGCCCGCGCUACUCGUAA